UAAAGUCACUAUAGCUCAUUUAACCAGACAGCCUAGUGUCUCUGCUCUGCCAGUCUCAACAUGUGCCCUUCCCCUAGGAAGACUCUCGUCCGGCCAUCGAACGACGAGAUGGGCGCGGUAACCCUGCAGUCAGCGCUGGGAAACCCCACGCUGCAGCAGCGGCGGGUCACCAAGUUGACUCAAGAGCAGAUCACAGAGUACAGAGGAGUGUUCGAGAUGUUCGAUGAAGAAGGAAAUGGAGACGUGAAGACUCAGGAGCUGGAGAGGCUGAUGAGUUUAAUGGGGAUCAAUCCUACAAAGAGGGAGCUCGGCCAGAUGGCCAAAGACGUGGACAAAGAUGGUCGAGGGAUAUUUAACUGUGACAGCUUCCUGGCUCUGAUGGCUCUGUACCUCGAAAGAACCAAGAACCAGGAUGCAGAACUCAGAGCUGCUUUUAAAGUAUUUGACAAAGACGGCAAAGGAUACAUUGACUGGAACACACUCAAAUACGUACUGAUGAAUGCAGGCGAACCCCUUAAUGAGAUCGAGGCAGAGCAGAUGAUGAAGGAGGCAGAUAAAGACGGAGAUGGAACCAUUAAUUACGAAGAAUUUGUGGCCAUGAUGACCGGAGACUCGUUCAAAAUGAGCUGAAGAUCUGCUGGAUAUUCUGCAGCUCCUGUCAACAUUUGUUAACAGUUAUAAAACAAGUCA